GGUACCUGUUAGCUUGAUUUCUGUUAGAGUCGUACCUGCAUGGGUGUCCUUCGGGAUCACCACCUAUUGAGGACUGUGUGGUCCGACGGGACGCCAGUCUAGCAUGAUAUAGACAUGACUCGAGUGACUCGACGGGGUCCUCGCAUCCCGACUGUCCUAGGUGUCCCCGGGCACCGAAGACCAGAGUUACGUUCCUACGGGAGCGCAUGAUUGCACGUGUUCGGGAACGUGCCAGAGAUUGGGUACCAGUUAUCAGGACUCUAACAGGAAGUUAACAGGCACCUAGUGGGACUAGUAGUGGGUCCCUUACUGAGUAUUUUUAUACUCAUUCUCUCCAUUUUAUGUUUUCAGGUAGAGGACGGGGCAAGGGCAAGGGCAAGCUGGCGAGCGACCCGAAGUGAGACCGAGGAGGGCCAUAGGGACUACCGCUUCCGCUUAUUUCUUAUUUCAGAUUUUAGCAUUUGAGUUUGAGUACUUUUUAUUUUUCACUAUCUUUUAUGUAGAUAGGGCCCGAGUAGGAUUUCAGAACGUUUUUACAUUUUUGCAUGACUACCUUGUUUAUGUUUUUAUAAAUGAAUUUCUUGAACCGUAUGCUUUUAAUAAAAUUUUUAGACUUAAACCACUUGUUCUAUAUUUAGUAAUGACUUCGAUUCAGCAUAAGGAGUUGGGUCGUUACAGUUGGUAUCAGAGCACAGUGUUUUAGGUUCUGUAGACUGACCUACGAUGUAAGUCAUUUUUGUUUGGUUUUACUUCACCCUAUGGCUAUACGGUCCUUCGGCACUCGCCAGGUAUGUCUAAAGCCUUGCUAAUGUUAAGAUUACAAUUUUGCCUGAAUAGUCUAAGACCUAGAUAUAGGGUGUUAAGUUCUUGUGGUGAGAAGUUUGUUGGUGAAUUUUAGGGAGAAUGCCGCCACGUAGAGGUACACGCCGAGGAGGUGGUAGGGGAGGCAGAGGAGCCGGUCGUGGCCAGCCGGAGGCGCCACCUGUUGCACCGGCAGUCGACCCAAACGCACCGGUCACCCAGGCGGAUCUCGCCGCAAUGGAGCAGCGUUAUCAGGACAUGCUGCAAGCUGCUUUGGCGCCUUUCCUUGCCGCCCAGCAGAACCAGGCCGCCCCUGUUCAGGCCGAGGCCGCCCCUGCUCAGGCCCAGGCCGCCCCUGUUCAGGCUCAGGCCGUCGCUCCUCCAGCCCCUGAGGAAGCUCAACCAGUACCAGUUCAACUGUCGGCCGAGGCGAAACACUUACGGGAUUUCAGGAAGUAUAAUCCCAAGACCUUUGACGGAUCCAUGGACAACCCCACAAAGGCCCAAAUGUGGUUGACGUCCAUAGAGACUAUUUUCCGGUACAUGAAGUGCCCAGAAGACCAGAAGGUGCAGUGUGCAGUCUUCUUCUUGGAGGACAGGGGCACCGCCUGGUGGGAGACCGCGGAGAGAAUGCUAGGGGGCGAUGUAAGCAAAAUAACAUGGGAGCAGUUCAAGGAGAACUUCUAUGCUAAGUUUUUCUCCGCCAAUGUGAAGCACGCCAAGCUGCAAGAGUUCCUAAACUUGGAGCAAGGCGACAUGACGGUGGAGCAGUACGACGCCGAGUUCGAUAUGCUGUCCCGCUUUGCUCCCGAUAUGGUAAGAGAUGAGGCUGCCAGGACGGAGAAAUUUGUUAGAGGACUCAGGCUAGACCUUCAGGGCAUUGUCAGAGCCCUCCGCCCAGCCACGCAUGCUGAUGCACUACGUAUAGCACUGGAUUUGAGCCUGCCUGAGAGAGCCGAUGCGUCUAAGGCUGCCGGCAGAGGGUCAGCCUUGGGACAGAAGAGAAAGGUUGAGACGCAGCCUGACGUAGCACCGCAGCGAACACUGAGGUCAGGAGGUGUCUUCCAGAGACACCGACGGGAGCUUGCAGCAGCCGGGAGGACUCUGAGAGAGCUACCCGCUUGUACUACCUGCGGGAGAGUCCACGGAGGUCGUUGCUUGGCUGGAAGUGGAGUCUGCUUUAGGUGCAGACAGCCGGGGCACACUGCUGAUAUGUGUCCUCGGAAACCCUUUGAGACGACACCGCCCCAGCCUUCUGCGGCCCAGCAGGGGAGAGUUUUCGCCACUACCCGGCAGGAGGCCGAGCGAGCUGGCACUAUGGUGACAGGUACGCUCCCAAUUUUGGGGCACUAUGCUUUUGUGCUAUUUGACUCUGGGUCAUCCCACUCGUUUAUAUCCUCCGUUUUCGUUCAGCAUGUGGGUUUAGAGGUAGAGCCUUUGGGUAGUGUUUUGUCGGUUUCUACUCCAUCUGGGGAGGUCCUGUUAUCCAAAGAACAAAUAAAGGCAUGUCGGGUAGAGAUAGCGAAUCGUAUGUUAGACGUGACCUUGCUAGUGUUAGACAUGCAGGAUUUUGAUGUGAUACUAGGCAUGGAUUGGCUAUCAGCCAACCAUGCAAAUAUAGACUGUUAUGGCAAGGAAGUUGUCUUCAACCCUCCCUCCGAGGCUAGUUUCAAAUUCAGGGGGGCAGGCAUGGUAUGUAUACCCAAGGUCAUCUCAGCCAUGAAGGCUAGUAAACUACUCAGCCAGGGUACUUGGGGUAUUUUGGCAAGCGUAGUGGAUGUGAGAGAGCCGGAAGUUUCCCUAUCUUCCGAACCAGUGGUAAGAGAGUACCCCGAUGUUUUUCCAGACGAACUUCCAGGACUUCCGCCUCCCAGAGAAGUAGACUUCGCUAUCGAGUUAGAGCCGGGCACUGCCCCAAUCUCGAGGGCCCCUUACAGAAUGGCUCCAGCCGAACUAAAGGAGUUGAAGGUCCAGUUACAGGAGUUGCUGGACAAAGGCUUCAUCCGGCCCAGUGUGUCGCCUUGGGGAGCCCCAGUAUUGUUCGUGAAGAAGAAGGAUGGGUCAAUGCGCCUUUGUAUUGACUACCGAGAGCUGAACAAGGUGACAGUCAAAAACCGCUACCCCUUGCCCAGGAUUGAUGACCUGUUCGAUCAGUUGCAGGGAGCCACCGUCUUCUCCAAGAUCGACCUGCGAUCAGGCUAUCACCAGUUGAGGAUUAGGGACGGUGACAUCCCCAAGACGGCCUUUCGAUCGAGGUACGGACAUUACGAAUUCGUUGUGAUGUCUUUCGGCUUGACUAACGCUCCUGCAGUAUUCAUGGAUCUGAUGAACAGGGUGUUUAAGGAGUUUCUAGACUCGUUCGUCAUAGUCUUCAUUGACGACAUCCUCAUUUACUCAAAAACUGAGGCUGAGCACGAGGAGCACUUACACCAAGUUUUGGAGACCCUUCGAGCCAACAAGUUGUAUGCCAAGUUCUCCAAGUGUGAAUUCUGGUUAAGGAAGGUGACGUUUCUUGGCCACGUGGUUUCCAGUGAGGGAGUUUCAGUAGAUCCCGCAAAGAUUGAAGCGGUGACCAACUGGACCCGACCGUCCACAAGCAACUUGGACCAACUGCAGCUUAGGACUUCCUCAGUAGGAACUCAUCUAGCAACAUCUCGAGGAAGAAUGCCGCCACGUAGAGGUGCACGCCGAGGAGGUGGCAGGGGAGGCAGAGGAGCCGGUCGUGGCCAACCGGCGGAGCAACCUGCCGCGCCGCCAGUCAACCCCGACGUACCAGUCAACCCUAAUGCACCGGUCACUCAGGCGGAUCUCGCCGCAAUGGAGCAGCGUUACCAGGCCAUGCUGCAAGCUGCUCUAGCGCCGUUCCUCGCUGCUCAGCAGAACCAGGCCGCCCCUGUUCAGGACCAGCCUGUAGUCCCUCCAGCCCCUGUUCAGGACCAGCCCGUCAUCCCUCCAGCCCCGGUGGAAGCUCAGCCGGUGCCAGUACAACUGUCAGCUGAGGCCAAGCACUUGAGGGAUUUUAGGAAGUACAACCCGAAGACUUUCGACGGAUCCUUGGACAACCCCUUUAGAGCCCAGCUGUGGUUGACAUCCAUAGAGACGAUCUUCAGGUACAUGAAGUGCCCAGAAGACCAGAAGGUGCAGUGUGCAGCUUUCUGUUUGGAGGAUAGGGGGACUGCCUGGUGGGAGACUGCUGAGAGGGCGCUGGGAGGAGAUGCCAGCAAGAUCACAUGGGAGCAAUUCAGGGAGAGCUUUUAUGCUAAGUUCUUCUCUGCCAACGUGAAGCACGCCAAGCUCCAAGAAUUCCUAAACUUGGAGCAAGGCAAACUGAGCGUGGAACAGUAUGAUGCCGAGUUCGACCUGUUGUCCCGUUUUGCCCCUGAUGUGGUAAGGGAUGAGGCCGCCAGGACUGAGAGAUUUGUUAAUGGCCUCAGGUUAGACCUCCAGGGUUUUGUACGAGCUCUUCGGCCAACCACUCAUGCGGAUGCUCUACGCAUAGCACUGGAUCUGAGCCUGCAUGAGAGAGCUGGUCAAUCUAAGGUUGUCGGCACAGGGUCAGCCUCGGGACAGAAGAGGAAGGCGGAGGCGCAGCCCGACGUAAUACCACAGCGGACUCCGAGGUCAGGAGGUGUCUUCCAGAGACACCGUCGGGAGCUGGCAGCAGCUGGGAGAACUUUGAGAGAGCUACCCACUUGUACUACCUGUGGGAAGGUCCAUGGAGGACAAUGUUUAGCUGGGAGUGGAGUCUGCUUCAGGUGCAGGCAGCCGGGGCACACUGCUGAUGCGUGUCCUCGGAAACCCUUAGAGACGACGCCACGUCAGCCUUCUGCUCCCCAGCAGGGGAGAGUCUUUGCCACGAACCGGCAGGAGGCCGAGCGAGCUAGUACGGUGGUGACAGGUACGCUCCCAAUCUUGGGGCAUUAUGCUUUGGUACUAUUUGACUCGGGGUCAUCGCAUUCAUUUAUAUCCUCUAUUUUUGUCAAGCAUGCGGGUUUAGAAGUAGAACCGUUGGGUAGUGCCUUGUCUGUCUCUACUCCUUCUGGAGAGGCCCUUUUGUCUAAGGAAAAAAUAAGGGCAUGUUGGGUAGAAAUAGCAAACCAUACCUUGGAUGUAACCUUACUGGUGCUAGAUAUGCAAGAUUUCGAUGUAAUUUUAGGCAUGGAUUGGUUGUCCACUAACCAUGCAACCAUAGACUGUUUCAAUAAGGAAGUAGUCUUUAACCCUCCUUCAGGGGAUAAGUUUAAAUUUAGAGGAGCAGGCAUGGUAGGUAUACCCAAGGUCAUCUCAGCAAUGAAGGCGAGUAAGCUACUUAGCCAGGGUACUUGGGGUAUCUUGGCAAGCGUAGUAGAUGUGGCAGAACCAGAAGUUUCCCUAUCUUCCGAACCAGUAGUAAGGGAGUACCCUGACGUUUUCCCCGACGAACUCCCAGGACUUCCGCCUCCUAGGGAGGUAGACUUCGCCAUCGAGUUAGAGCCCGGCACCGCCCCUAUCUCUAGAGCUCCUUACAGAAUGGCCCCAGCCGAAUUAAAGGAGUUGAAAGUCCAGUUACAGGAGCUGUUGGACAAGGGCUUUAUCCGGCCCAGUGUAUCACCGUGGGGAGCCCCAGUGUUGUUCGUGAAGAAGAAGGAUGGGUCGAUGCGCCUUUGCAUUGACUACCGAGAGUUGAACAAGGUGACAGUUAAAAACCGCUACCCCUUACCCAGGAUUGAGGACUUGUUUGACCAGUUACAGGGGGCCACCGUCUUUUCCAAGAUCGACCUGCGAUCAGGCUAUCACCAGUUGAGGAUUAGGGACGGUGAUAUUCCCAAGACGGCCUUUCGUUCGAGGUACGGACACUACGAAUUCAUAGUGAUGUCCUUUGGUUUAACUAAUGCCCCUGCAGUGUUCAUGGACUUGAUGAACAGGGUGUUUAAGGACUUUCUAGACCAAUUCGUCAUAGUCUUCAUUGACGAUAUCUUGAUCUAUUCCAAGACUGAGGCCGAACACGAAGAGCACUUGCACCAAGUCUUGGAGACCCUUCGAGCUCAUAAGCUAUACGCCAAGUUCUCCAAGUGUGAGUUCUGGUUAAAGAAGGUGACAUUUUUAGGGCACGUGGUUUCCAGUGAGGGAGUCUCGGUGGACCCAGCUAAGGUCGAAGCGGUGACCAACUGGCCUCGACCGUCUACAGUCAGUGAGAUUCGCAGUUUUCUGGGUCUGGCAGGAUACUACAGGAGGUUUGUAGAAGACUUCUCACGCAUAGCCAGCCCAUUGACCCAGUUGACCAGGAAGGGAACCCCUUUUGUCUGGAGCCCAGCAUGUGAGAGUAGUUUCCAAGAGCUUAAGCAGAAGCUAGUGACGGCACCAGUCCUGACAGUGCCUGAUGGGUCGGGAAGUUUUGUGAUCUAUAGUGAUGCCUCUAAGAAAGGACUGGGAUGUGUCCUGAUGCAGCAAGGUAAGGUAGUUGCGUAUGCCUCACGCCAGUUGAAGAAUCAUGAGCAGAACUACCCUACCCACGACUUGGAGUUGGCAGCUGUAGUCUUUGCACUGAAGAUAUGGAGGCACUAUCUGUACGGUGAGAAGAUUCAGAUUUACACCGACCACAAGAGCCUGAAGUAUUUCUUCACUCAGAAGGAGUUGAACAUGAGGCAGAGGAGGUGGCUCGAGUUGGUGAAAGACUACGACUGCGAGAUCCUGUACCAUCCAGGUAAAGCAAAUGUAGUGGCUGACGCGCUGAGUAGGAAGGUUGCACAUUCAGCAGCGCUAAUCACGAAGCAGACCCCCUUACUCAGGGAUUUGGAGAGAGCCGAGAUUGCAGUCUCAGUAGGUGAGGUUGCCGCACAGUUGGCUCAGUUGACAGUUCAGCCAACCUUGAGGCAAAAGAUCAUUGCUGCUCAGCUGAGUGAUCCUUACUUGGCAGAGAAACGUCGUAUGGUAGAGACGGGGCAAGGUGAAGAGUUCUCUAUAUCCUCUGAUGAUGGCCUUAUGUUUGAGGGGCGCCUGUGUGUGCCGGAAGACAGCGCAGUUAAGACAGAGCUUUUGACUGAGGCUCACAGUUCCCCGUUUACCAUGCACCCUGGGAGUACGAAGAUGUACCAGGACUUAAGGAGUGUCUAUUGGUGGAGGGGCAUGAAGAGGGAUGUAGCAGAGUUCGUCAGUAGGUGCUUGGUGUGCCAGCAGGUGAAGGCACCUAGGCAGCAUCCAGCAGGGUUGUUGCAACCCUUGAGUGUGCCAGGGUGGAAGUGGGAGAGUGUGUCGAUGGACUUUAUCACGGGACUGCCCAAGACCUUGAAGGGCUACACGGUGAUCUGGGUUGUGGUCGACAGACUCACGAAGACAGCCCACUUCGUGCCAGGGAAAUCCACGUACACUGCCAGCAAGUGGGGGCAGUUAUACAUGACGGAAAUAGUAAGACUGCACGGAGUACCAGUAUCCAUCGUUUCAGACAGGGAUGCCCGUUUCACUUCGAAAUUUUGGCAAGGGCUCCAACUUGCAUUAGGUACGAGGCUGGACUUCAGCACGGCAUUCCACCCUCAGACUGAUGGUCAGACAGAGAGACUGAACCAGAUUUUGGAGGAUAUGCUGCGGGCCUGUGUGCUAGAGUUUUCAGGAAGUUGGGACUCCCACCUGCAUCUAAUGGAGUUCGCCUAUAAUAACAGUUACCAGGCUACCAUUGGUAUGGCUCCGUUUGAGGGUCUGUAUGGCAAGUGCUGUAGAUCCCCUGUCUGCUGGGGCGAGGUUGGAGAGCAGAGGAUGCUAGGCCCCGAGUUAGUGCAGACUACCAAUGCAGCCAUACAGAAGAUCCGAGCUCGUAUGCUGACCGCACAGAGCAGACAGAAGAGUUACGCUGAUGUACGACGUAAGGACCUCGAGUUUGAAGUGGGAGAUAUGGUCUUUUUGAAGGUAGCACCGAUGAAGGGCGUUCUGAGGUUCGAGAAGAAGGGGAAGUUGAGUCCACGUUUCGUGGGGCCAUUUGAGAUACUGGAACGGAUUGGCCCUGUGGCUUAUCGUUUGGCCUUGCCCCCAUCCCUCUCAGCAGUGCAUGACGUAUUCCAUGUCUCCAUGUUGAGGAGGUAUGUCGCAGAAUUUGUUAAUUUAGAAAAAGAAAGAGUAACGAACGGGAGGCGUGAAGGGUGGGACCCAGAUUCAUGUAAAGUUGCAUCGUCGGUAUAUGACGAUGAAGAAAUGGUGGAUAAUAAUAAAUACAUGGACUUUCGAACAGAAAUAGAUGAUGAGUUUGAAGAGUUUGACUUUGAUGGUCGUGAACAUGAAUUACCAUCAAAUACACUCACUCAGAUAGAUAUGGAUGUAAUAGAUAGUAUUUGUGAACACGAUCCAAUUGUAGCCCUUGUGGUUGUUGACAAUUCAGAACUGUAUAAGGGAAUGAUAUGUCAAGAUAAAUUCAGAACUGUAUAUGACAAUUCAGAACAUGAAUUACCAUCAAAUACACCCAACCAGAUAGAUAUGGAUGUAAUAGAUAGUAUUCGUGAACACGACCCGAUUGUAGCCCCUGUGGUUGUUGACAAUUCAGAACUGUAUAAGGGAAUGAUAUGUCAAGAUAAAGAAACACUUCAACAUAUGGUAAAAUAUUUUGCCAUUAAGAAUCAUGCACCAUAUGAGGUAGUGGAAUCAACACCAACUAUCUGGGCAAUUCGAUGUAAGAAGUGGGCAGAAGGGUGCACGUGGAGGCUUCGUGCAUCCAAGAAAAAAGCACAUGAUGAGGAGUCUGCAGAUUCCUGGGGGUGGUUUUUGCAGCACCUCAAAAAAGUUGUAUUCCAUGAUGAGAAUAUUUGGGAGCCUUACAAAGAUGUGAUUGAUAAUUUGCCAAAUUUUUGUAAGAACGAUCAAGAUAUAUGGCGGACCAUCAGUCCUCUCAUAUGUUUCCAUAUUGGUGAGUGGCAUCAUCCCGAUUGGGUGCUUAGACAGUUCGGCCUUAAACAAAAUAUCCCAUCAGUAUGCAAUACUGAGCCAGUUCUACAUAACAUUGACUUGAGAGUUACAGAUUGGUCUGACAGGAGAUCAAACAACACAAGACUUCGUUAUAUAGCAGAUGAUCCACAACAAGUCCUUGAUAUAUGUAAUAAUAAUGAGAGGUACAUGGAGGAGAUACAUAAUACGUACGAUCUACCUAUUGUACCUCCACCAAUUCAUAGGGGACGUGUUCGAGUGGAAGAAGCUGAACUCAAUGAAGUUUACCAUAAUGUGGAAGAAGUGUCUCCUACGACACAAAGACAGAGCCAAACUGGUUAUGGUAGUCCGAUGGCGAUGAUGCCAACAUUUGGAGUAGGAUAUUGUGAUUCUGAGGUCGGUACAGGACAUUAUGAUGCAGGGGUCGGUCCAUCGUCUUCAUACAUGGAUGUCAGUCCGUCAACUUCUUACAUGCAUGGACACGGACGUGGCUAUGAGGAACAUAACGAAUAUCUGUAUCAUGAAGUAUUUGCAGAUGUAUCAGAUCGACAAGAGUACCAACAAGAACCAGAGAACCAAGAGGACCGUGAACAACAUAGAGUUUAG